UUUGUACACAAGUAAUUUUUUUAACACUUUUUAUUUAUUGCACCUUUUAAAUUGGUUUGAAUAAAACUGUGAAUUUAGUUUUUUUGCUAAGAUUUUUUCGAAUCUGUCAGUUAUUUUACUGACAGAAGCCUUAUUGUUUUCAACUUGACUGCUUUUCAAGCAUCCUAUGGUUCGAAAAAGAAGAACUAAUCCAUAGAUGAUAGAUGUAUAAGCUUUGAUUCCCUUCCAUUUUUUACUUCAUUUUUUUUGGAUUCUGAUACAGUCAGUGGGCUGCGAGUUUAAUAAUGUCAGAGUUUUCUUAAUUAUUGAUCCUAACGAUUCGGUAAUUUUUGAAAUUCUAAGAACAGUUGCCAUCAAAGUAAGUCCAGGACGGUGGCUUAAAGAAGUGGUCAAGUCUGAAAUACCACCAACUACGUGACUCCAGACUCUGGAGUCCAGAGAUAUCACAUUGAACUGGAUUAAUGGGGUCAAAACCUAGUCAAAGCAGAUUAUUUUGCCAUAGAACCUUUUUUAAUAGAAUAUAGACAAGAUAAAAAUAUUCUUCUGUCAAAUUCAAAUGCAUUUUUGACGUUAACCCAAAUACAAUUUUAUUUCAUGCGUUUUGUAUCACAUUUUCUUUUGAACUUUCUUUAUGGAUUUUUAUUGAACCCCUGAUGAAAAUAUGAAAAGGGAUACUUUCAUUCUGAUUGUCAGAGUAAGAUUUAUUACUUUAAGUUAUCUCUAGGUUUGAUAUCAUCAUCAUAUCAGCCUAUUGCCGUUCACCACUGAACGGCCUUCAGUGUGCGCCAACCAUCCCUUGUCUAAUGGUCUUUUCAGAAUUAAUUAUUCCAAACCUAACCUAACCUAACCUUUAUGUGUGUAUCACCAUGAAAUUAGAGUCACUAUUAACAGAAAAUUGUAUCUAUCUUGAUCUGUAUAACUUUUGACAGAAUAGUAGUACACCGCUUAAUCAGCUUGAUGGUAUUACUUUAAGCUAUUCGAUACAGAACAUUUUGCAAAAACUCUUCUUAAUGUAAAGUUACAAGCCAAUAUUUAAAUUUCAGAGCUUCAUAUGAGAUCAGAAGCCAGCCGGAAAAUCAUUUGCAUACAUAUUACUACUUACAGACCACGUUACGAAGAAAUGGAUGAGAAAGUUAAAAAUUGUUUUAAAGGCCACAACAAGUACGUAUGCUCCAUAUGCCUAAACAAAGGCGGAGAAAAAAAUGGCGAAUGCUGUAAGAAAGCACCCAAAAACUGUCCCAUUUGUCAAAAGAACCGAGAAUGUACCACUAGAGAUUGUUCCGCUGGUAAAAAAGAUAAACCUACUGCUACUGAAAAAGCAGGUAUUUUAAAAGAUCCAAAUGUUAAAACUGUUCAGACUUCCGAUACAAAUGUCUCUCAAGGUCUGACCCUUCUGAACGAAGUUCUAACAGUAUUUCAAAAUAAGAAAGUUGAUGGUACCAAAGAGAAGGUGAAGCCUGGCCGUUUUAAGGACGCAGCUGUGUCUACGGAUGACAAAACCGAUGAAAGAAGUGUAAAAGAAAGAGACAGGCCGAGGUUAACCGUCAGCACCUUCCAAUACUCUAUCGAUGAAAACAAAAAGUAUGCUUACGAAAAUGGUCAUUGUGUAAUAGUAAAUUGCUGCCAACCAGAGUUCGUUCGAAAGCAGAACUCCAUCGAUUUGAUCAAGCAUAAAUCAAGUUCCAUACCUCAAAUGAAAUUAGAAGAAUUGAAAUACUCUUUGAAAGAAAAGACCAAAUCUAAAGAUGCCAUUGAAGAAGUAAAUAGAUUAUUUGCAACAGUGAAAAGGCCUGGUAAAAUGUCAGAAAAUUCCAACAGACCAAUGGUCAGGAAUGGUCCAAGAGUGUUGCCAGUCGUCAAUAGUAAUUACCACGAUGUGGUUAAGAAAAAGAAUUUUGGCGUUGAAUGUAACGUGCACAGUUGUAAAUGUUGCCAUACCUGCAUGUCUAGUGGAGAUGCUUUCCCUAAAAAUGAGUGUUGCCAUGAUGAGAAUGAGAAAUGCGAAAAGUGCGUUUAUAUGUUGUGUUGCCAUUAUGAAAGUGUACGUAAAAGGCAGAAGCAGAAUGGAGUGCUGAUUUGCGAACAUUGCAGAGAUAUGCACGAGGGUCACUUUUUUCAACAUAACUACGUAGACGACAGUACGUAAAUUUCUCCACGAAACUAUGGACAUUGCAGUUGGUAGAUUUUUUAUAUGUUCUAUCUUUUUACAGUUUAUUUUUUAAUAAAUAUAGUAUGUUUUUAUACUGCGUGUUUUUGCUUUUCUUUGCAAUAAAAGAUAAAAUACAAUUAA